AGUUCAGAGAGGUUGACAGCCUUGCCCAAGAUGUGCGUGGGUCUUGCUUCCCAACCAGGGGAAACAGUUGCCACAACCACGGAAUAACCCCACGCUUAGGCACAGGCAAGAUACGGUGGCUCGGAUGGGUCGAAGGUCCGAAGGAGGCCUGAAGGAGAGCUGGGGCACGGCAGGAGGCAAGAAUCAUAAAAGGAGCCCACAGCCUUGGGAGGGGAUAAAUGGAAGGCAGAAAGAGGUGCCGACGGCGCGGAAGAGACUAGCGGGAAGCUCCAUGUCGGGUGGGGUCUGCGUCCGAGGUGCCUAUAAAACGGGUUCCGGCCCCGUUUCCCUGAGUACUGUGUGGCAGGGCACCACUGUGGAGAGACACGAACAGGCUGGACUGAAUACUCAGGGCAGAGGCCGCUCCCGCUGCAGCUCAACUCUCGGUGGAACCGGCCCUCUUGGCAAUGGGAGGAGCUGUGGUGGACGAGGGUCCCACGGGCAUCAAGGCCCCUGAUGGGGGCUGGGGCUGGGCCGUCCUCUUUGGCUGUUUCAUCAUCACGGGUUUCUCCUACGCCUUCCCCAAAGCAGUCAGUGUCUUUUUCAAGGAGCUCAUACACGAGUUUGGGAUUGGCUACAGCGACACGGCCUGGAUCUCCUCCAUCCUGCUAGCUAUGCUGUACGGCACAGGACCACUCUGCAGCGUGUGUGUGAACCGCUUCGGCUGCCGGCCUGUCAUGUUUGUGGGUGGCCUCUUUGCAUCCCUGGGAAUGGUGGCCGCGUCAUUCUGCACAAGCAUUAUCCAGAUCUACCUCACCACGGGGGUCAUCACUGGCUUGGGUCUGGCUCUCAACUUCCAGCCCUCCCUCAUCAUGCUUAACCGAUACUUCAACAAGCGGCGCCCUAUAGCCAACGGGCUGGCGGCAGCAGGCAGCCCAGUGUUCCUUUCCGCGCUGUCCCCAUUGGGGCAGCUGCUGCAGGACCACUAUGGCUGGCGGGGUGGCUUCCUCAUCCUGGGGGGCCUGCUGCUCAACUGCUGCGUGUGUGCUGCACUCAUGAGGCCACUAGUGGCACCCCAGGCGAGUGGAGGGACUGGGCCCGGAAAGCAGCCCCAGCGGCCAUCGCAGCAGCUACUGGACUUGAGUGUCUUUCGAGACCGUGGCUUCCUCAUCUAUGCAGUGGCUGCCUCCAUCAUGGUGCUGGGGCUCUUUGUGCCGCCCGUGUUUGUGGUGAGCUAUGCUAAGGAUCUUGGCGUGCCUGACACAAAGGCCGCCUUCCUUCUCACCAUCCUGGGCUUCAUUGACAUCUUCGCCAGGCCCACAGCUGGCUUCAUCACGGGGCUCAAGAAGGUGCGGCCCUACUCUGUCUACCUCUUCAGCUUUGCCAUGUUCUUCAAUGGCUUCACUGACCUGACAGGCUCCACAGCCAGUGACUAUGGCGGCCUGGUGGUCUUCUGCAUCUUCUUCGGCAUCUCAUACGGCAUGGUGGGGGCCCUGCAGUUUGAGGUGCUCAUGGCUAUCGUGGGCACUCAGAAGUUCUCCAGUGCCAUUGGUCUCGUGCUGCUGUUAGAGGCCAUGGCUGUGCUCAUCGGACCCCCAUCGGGAGGCAAGCUGCGGGAUGCAACGGGAGUUUACAAGUACGUGUUCAUCCUGGCAGGGGCUGAGGUGCUCACCUCCUCCCUCGUGCUGCUGCUGGGCAACUUCUGCUGCAUCGGGGGGAGGAGGCCCCAGGCCCAGGCGACACAACCUGAGGUGGUGGCCUCCGAGGAGGAGAAGCUCCACAAGCCCCCCGUGGACAUGGGGGUGGACUCCAGGGAGGUGGAGCACUUCCUGAAGGCAGAACCUGAGAAAAAUGGGGAGGUGGCUCACACCCCGGAAACCAGCGUGUGAGCGGCCUGGCCGGGCGGGCAGGGAGCAGGGAAGAGGUCCAGAGACUGGCAACGCUCAUAUUUAUUUCACAAACAGGACCAGCUGAGGCGGGGCCAUCUGCUCAGCUCUGGCUGCCUGGUCAGCGGGUCAGUGUUUUGCGGGGAGAGGUGGCGGGGUGGGAACCGUGUCAUUCCAAAGUGGAUCUGUGGUGAAGUCAAGGAAGCCCCACAGUCACCAGCCGCCCACACCAGGGAGCCAGCCUCCCCCGCACCCACCCCUGUGGCCAAGGACCUAGAAACCCACACUCAGGAGACAACACGACUUUAAUUAGAGGGCAGGGCUGGGACAGGCUGGUAGGUGGGUGCUGCCUGCAGGGCCCUCCCUGGUCCUGCCAUCCUAC